CUUGUCCAAUGGGGACGCUUGGGCCGAUGGCAUUAUAAAUAAGGGCUGCGCGAGGGAGCUGCGGCUUCAUUCCGGACGGGGGCGGGGCUUUGCUGAGAGCGCAGGAGCCGUCGCAGGUUGUGCACCAUGACUCUGGAGGUAAGGGAACCUCGAGGGAAGGAGCGGGGCGGGAGGGAGCCGGCCGGCGCCUGAAGCAGCGGCGUGAGCGCAGCUUCUGGAGGGACCUGGACUGCGCCGAGAGUGGAACUUGGGGAGGAGUAGCGGGGGAGGGCUGCUGGUCCUGAGGUUUUGCAGCAGUAUCCGGCGAGUGACCUCCUGUGCUGUGCAGGAUCGGCUGCUGGAUUCGAUCCAAUCCAGCGAAGCUAUUCUUAGGCAAACCCUAUGCCUGCACCGUGCAAUCCUCUACCUGGAAGGAUUGAGCCUCAUUGAACUCAGUAGAACUUAUUUUUGAACAGACGUGUAUAGAAUUGCUGUGUAAUACACUCUUUUAAAAAAGUACAGAGGAGUGCGUGACUUGGGUUUCCCUAUUUGACUAUUUCCUACACCUUUUGGUUGGAAGGGAAUUCCCCCCCCCCAGCUGUUUGGCUCAGGGGUCAGCACUGCGGUGAUCAACUGGACCCCGCCCCCCACAAGUCACUAUAACAUUGCACCUCAUGUCGAAGUAUAUAGGUGCAGAAUUGAGGACUUAAAACUUUAAAACCUGGACAGUUAUAGCCGUGCAUUUGCAGCUCCUCCAGCUAGUACAGUGGUACCUCAGGUUACAAAUGCUUCAGGUUACAGAUGCUUCAAGUUACAGACUCCGCUAACCCAGAAAUAGUACCUCGGGUUAAGAACUUUGCUUCAGGAUGAGAACAGAAAUCGCGCAGUGGCAGCGGGAAGCCCCAUUAGCUAAAGUGGUACCUUGGGUUAAUAACAGUUUCAGGUUAAGAACGGAUCUCCAGAAUGAAUUAAGUUCUUAACCCAAGGUACCACUGUACUGAUUCAUGAAGUAUAAUGUGAUGAAAUGAGUCCCUCCACCCCCACUCAACCACACAAAUGGGAGUUGCAAUCCAUUUAGUGUUGAAACCAUAAACUUGGGCAAGUUUCCGUGCACAGUUGCAGAAGAUCUGUGUAAUUGCUUGGGGACAAGGCAGGGACCUGCCUGCCUGAUGGACUGGUUUGAGGUUUCAGCUUUAGAGAAUUAUAGGGGAGCAGUGGAGAGUCUUGUCUUUCAGGAUUUGGGUGCUGCAUGUUCAUUUUUUGUUCAUGUGCUAGCUAGUCUCCACUCCAAGUUAAGUGUGACUGCACAAACACUUACGGCUUCCUCCAUCGGAGCAUUUAUGGCCGGGGAGCAGCAAGGUUUGAGGACUGCAACACUCCACUUGCAUGCUAGGAUCGGAAGCCGCAGCCUCUUCUCUUUCUGAUGUGCAGACCUCAGCUCUUUCCUACUUAUUCUGCUGGGCCAGCAUUAGCAUCAUGCAGAGAAGGGCUAGGAUGAGCUAAAGUGAUGCAGCUGGUGAAGGCAGAUUCAGCAGCAUCAUAAUCCCUCCCCCAGAAGUACUCAAACUCUGCACACAGCAGCUCUGCUUAACUGCCUGGAUUUUGGCUGAAUCUUUCGCAAGGGGGAUUUGAGGACUACAGAUGAUUGUUGUGUAACAUGCAGUCUUUGUGACUCUCUGCACACAUGCAAGCCACAGCCCCCCCGCUCCAAUUUAAAUGAAUGGCUGCUAGCUUGUUUCUUAUAAUGCCAUCUAGAUGUAGAAAUGUAAUAAAGCAACGGAGCAAUUUAGAAUUAAAAACACAACUGUAUUCAAACGUGAUUAGCAUCCAGUUAGAAUACAAAAGUUUUCCCACAUCAGUUGCAACUGUAAAUAGAUUUUAAGAUUUUUUUGUUUCUUUAAUAAUAUUUGUAUGCCACCUUUGUGAUUUAAUGGGGUUUCCCCCCCAUAAAUGUCUUUUCCCCAAAGUGCAUGGCCAUGUAGGGGCUUUCUUCUCGGUUUUGGCAUUCCAGAAAGGAUGCUGCAGCAUGCAGACAGUCAAUCGCAACCUAUUUUAUACAUUUAUUUAGGCAAUUCUAUAUUGUGCAAUCAAGCUAUGCCUUCUGGGUGAGCUGUAAUACGCUAUUUGCAAAAGAGCUCACAAGGUGAUUACAGAAUAUUUAGGGAUAACUAAUGAGAUUACAUAUUCGUGGGGGAAAAAUUUUUAUGUUUCAGUGCCCCUGUAACAAUACAGAUCUUCUUUCUCCUAUUCAGAGUAAGUGCAUAAGUGACUUUACGCAAACAAUCCUGAAUAUAGUUUAUCAGAUAAUUUCAAAGCACCCCCGCUAAGAAGUAUGAGAUUUUAUGUUCUUAGCUAGAGGGGGAAUUUACUGAGAUUCCUUCUUUUUACAAAGCCAUUGCCACCCUGGUUGGUAUCCUUUAAAAAGCACAGGUAGGUCUGCAUGCUGAAAAGGACGUCAGGGUUACAUUGCACAAUAGCAAUCCCCCCCCAUGCUAUUGCCCCUGGCAGACCACUUUUGAGUUGACAGUGCAGUCCUAUGAGUAGUGCAGUCCCAGUAAUCAAUGGGGCUUACUCCUAAGUAUACAGUAUAGCAUUGCAGCCAAAGGGUACUUUUAAAAGCAUUGAUUUAGUCCAGUGGUUCUAAAACUUUUCCCCUCUAGGCCACAGUUUCAGAAUAAUAAUAAAAAAUGAUAAGAAAAGAAACUGGAAAAGAAAUACAUUGGAAAACAAAAAGAAGCACUCCUAGCAGUGCUUGAUUUUGAAAAUAUACCCAUAUUCUGCAAAUAAGAAAAAAAUAUUUUGAUACUAUAUUAUCUUAUACUAUACUACACUGAAAUUUUAAAAUGUUUCUUUGAUUGUCCUUUAAUCUUCCCACCACACUUGACAUCUCCUCCUGUAACACCAGUAUGGGACCCCAUGCCCUGUUAAGGCCACUGAUUUAGGCUGUGUAUAAAUCAUUGGGUUUAAAGUGCAUUCUCUGGCCCCUGGAAAAAUCACUAGAACUAAUUUACACCUCACAGGCCUACAACAUGAAGCACUCUUUAAAAGCUACAGUUCCAAUGAUUCUUUAGGGAGGGGAAAUGUCUUUUAAAUGUAUGAUGUGCAUGCUGGGGGUGGGCAGGCUGCUCAAAGUAUAUAAAAAAACAACUACUGGACUAACUUAAGCACUUAGGUAUAAGUGUGUUUCUUUGGCUCCUUACUGUUGCUUGAAAAACAGCUCCUGGUGAUCACGUUUGUAAUAAUCCUAUUGGCUAUUCAUAUUCUCUGGAACUGGAUAAAGGUAAAGGGACCCCUGACCAUUAGGUCCAGUCGUGACCGACUCUGGGGUUGUGGCGCUCAUCUCGCUGUAUUGGCCCAGGGAGCCGGCAUACAGCUUCCGGGUCAUGUAGCCAGCAUGACUAAGCCUCUUCUGGCAAACCAGAGCUCGGCACAGAAACGCCGUUUACCUUCCAGCCAGAGCGGUACCUAUUUAUCUACUUGCGCUUUGACGUGCUUUCCAACUGCUAGGUUGGCAGGAGCAGGGACCGAGCAAUGGGAGCUCACCCCGUCGCGGGGAUUCAAACUGCUGACCUUCUGAUCGGCAAGUCCUAGGCUCUGUGGUUUAACCCACAGCGCCACCCACAUCCCUCUGGAACUGGACAGUUCACCAUAAUUUUGUGGCAAGCUUUUUAUGGCUAGGUGUAGUUAAAUCUACUAUUCUAAUAUUAAUAGAAGCAUGUGGGAAGAAAGAAUAGUGAGAAUUAAUCAACAGAAGGGUGGGAAACCAACUCUGAAUUUGUAACGGUAUUUGUAUCAGUGGGUCUAAAAUAGGAUAGCAUGAAUGAAUGAAUGAAUGAAUGGAUACUAUGGUUACACAUAGUGGACACAGUAAUGAAUGGGUGCCCUGUUAUAACUGCUCUGUAAUGGAACACAGUAGCUCAUUGUUUAAUUUCAGUGAUGUUCUAUAGUUGUUUCAUCUAAUGAAUGUUUGUGGGGGGGAGAGGUUAUGGGAAUUUAAGAGUUGACGACAGCAUCUUGUGAGCCAAGGAUGAGUUGAUUAAGAGUCCAGAUUUUAGUGCUGGCUGUCUGCCUAUUUGGAAAGCUUCAUACUGAAUUAUUUGUUUCUUUGCAGUAUUUUACUUUCUGAUAGGAGAGACAGGUUCCUUAUGACACCUUUGUUAAAAUAGUCACGAUGCUUAACCUGACCUUUAUUUCUCAUAACAGACAUUAGAGCACUUGUGAGGAAAGAGCCCGAUUGAUUUGACACAGCCUGGGAUGCAGUUCUGGCAGGAUCAUUGUGUCAUGAGCUUUGUGCAAAAUACGCAUCCUAUUGCUCAUGCAUAUAACUGCAGGUCUGCCUGGAGAUUUCACAGUGCUAAUCAAAUAAAUAACUUAGCAAUGUAGCCAUCAGGGCAUAGGUAAUGCAUGUCAGUUGUUGGCAAAGAAGGGUCAAUACAAGAGCUGUACUACGUAUAGUGGAGCAGUAUCUCCUUUCCUGCAUCACUGUAAUGCGUCUCUUGUGACUUAGAAUCAUAGCAAAGGCAGAUGAGAGAAUUAUUGACACUGACUCAAGGUUACCCUGAAGUAGCAGAAUAAAAAGAUGCUGGGCAUGUCUUGCUUUUUGUAAAAUUAGCUCUGCUCUAAAGGGGAAAGGAGAUUGCUAAACCAUGUGGACUCUAGACUAGCAUCUUUAUUUUUAAGGGGUUUUUGUGUGGGGAAAGUGGCCAAUGUGUUAUAUAAAUGAAUAUGUAAAACUAGUCAAGUUCUUCAUUUAGAAUUCUUGAAACAUGAUCUGUGAUUCUUGGAGACUGACAAAGAGAACUGAAAAAAAGCCUUUCCAGUCCCAUACGUUUCUCUUUUUAAAAACAUCUUUGUCUGUUGUAGGAGCCAAUUCACAAAAAUGUACACUCGCUCUAUCCUUGAGUUACUAGAUUCACUUAUCCAGAGCUUCCUGCUCUUGGGAGCUGUCAUUAGUGCAAAUAUCAAAGCCACACACCUGGUCUUGAGAGGAUUAGGGUGGGAGAAGUUGUUUGCAGCCAAAAACCAUUCUCUCCCACCACCCAUGGGAAGGAAACCUUUUUCUAUAAAAAAUAAUAUUGAACUUGGGAUAACUGUCUUUUUUCAGCUCAAAGACAGAGGAUCUUGGGUUGUUGAUUGCGUGCAAUAUGUGGUUCCAUCACUAGUGUGGUUAUAUGACAAUGCAAGCUAACUGAGCAUGCCCUUUAUGGAGAAACAGGGGAGCAGAACUUUAUCUGAACUUAUCUGUGUUUCACAUGUAAUGUAGUUCUGACCUCAGUGUAGUCGAAAAUCAGUAGAGCUGACAGAAUAUUGAACAGAUGGCAGCCAUGAAGCCCAAAAUGAGGCCUUUUGGCAAGCUCAUGGGUAGGCAAACUAAGGCCUGGGGGCUGGAUCUGGCCCAAUCGCCUUCUAAACCUGGCCCAUGGACGGUCUGGGAAUCAGCAUGUUUUUGCAUGAGUAGAAUGUGUCCUUUUCUUUAAAAUGUGUUUCUGGGUUAUUUGUGGGGCCUGCCUGGUGCUUUUACAUGAGUAGAAUGUGUGCUUUUAUUUAAAAUGCAUCUCUGGGUUAUUUGUGGGGCAUAGGAAUUCGUUCAUUCCCCCCCCCCCCCGCAAAAAAAUAUAGUCCGCGCCCCCCCCACAAGGUGUGAGGGACAGUGGACCGGCCCCCUGCUGGAAAAGUUUGCUGACUCCUGGGCAAGCUGCUAGCUCACCCUAGCCCGCCUGACAGAAAUCUUAGGAUAAAAUGAGCAUAAACCUGCUUUGUGGUGGAACACUGUGAUACUGAUAUGGAAAUAAUAAAACCCCAUGCCUUUUACUCGAAAAUAAACUUGGGUAGGUAAUUCCAGUCUAUAAACAUGCUUUAAAAUCAGUGAGCCAAAUUAGCCCCUUGCUGAUCAUUAAAGUGUUACAGAGAAAUAAACCUGCAUUAAGGCUGCCAUUUUAUACCACCUUCCUGGGAGCAGGUCCAUUGGGACUUUUGAACCAACGUGCAUAGGAUUGAGAAGUAAGUGGUUUUAAAUAUUGGUCCUAUCGCAGACGAGCAUAUUCUGGCCUGGUAGUAUAAUGUGACGUUCUUGUAGCCAUGUGGGACUGAAACCUUACUUCAAGUGAAACCUUAUACCCAAGAAUAGAAAAAUACCAAGGCAAACAAAAAACAACCCAGCUUGCUGAGAGAGCUGAUACUGAACAGAGUUGGAAAGAUGCCCAGUGUCUUCAGUAUCUGCAUUGCAGCUUACACAGAGAAAGAGAGUGAGAUUCAAGCGAUGCUACAACUUGACUGCAUGCAACUUGACUGGUUGCAUGGGAAGCUUCUUAGCAUAACUCACUGGUAGAGCAUUUGUCUUGUGUUUCAGAAGGUCUCAAGUUUGAACUGGCAUGACCAGGUGGGGCUCAGAGAGACUCCUCCCUGAAGCAUCACACUCCUUGGAAGCAAUAUAUGGCUGUUUUAAGUGAAAUUCUUAUAUAUAUUUUUUGCCUCUCUUCAGGCCGACUUCAACACUGUGGCAGAAAAAGUAAAAAAACUAAAGACCAAACCAACUGAUGAUGAACUAAAAGAACUGUAUGGACUCUACAAGCAGUCGACCGUGGGAAAUAUUAAUAUUGGUAACUUUGUACAUACCCACAUGUUUAUAUAUUCAUUUCAAAGAUACUUUGCGUGGGUUUUUAUUGAAACUUAGUUGUUGUCUUUUGGCAGAGUGUCCUGGGAUGCUGGAUUUGAAAGGCAAAGCAAAAUGGGAAGCAUGGAACCAGAAGAAAGGUGAUGGAUUUAUUACAGCUCUUUAUUAUUCUGAUUCAAAAUAAUGUCAUGUGAAAAUAACAAAUAAGGCAUAGUAAUAAAGCUGAUUUUCCCGCAUUUACAGGUAUGUCAAAAGAAGAUGCCAUGAAGGCUUACAUUUCUAAAGCAAAUGAGAUGAUAGAGAAAUAUGGACUGUAGAUUUUCUUUGGACAAUUAGUUCAAAGGCAAGGGCACUACUCAUUUUCAGACUGAUGUGAACAUCAUUAUUUGCAAUAAACUGUUUUCUUCUUUGGACAUGGCUUGUUUGGAUCCUCUUUAAGCUAGUAAUAUUCAUGGUUUUGGCUACUUAAAUAUUCACAGCAAUCUUCUCCUUGCCCAUGUCAAUAUAAAAGUUUGCACUCACACGGUAGAAAAAAAAUAAUUCAACAACUUUGGGAAUGGCAUUGAUGUUACGCUAUUAUAAUACAUCUGAUUAGUUCUACUUACAGGAAAUACUGGUAGCACAGAAAUACUGGUAGCACUUCUGUUCCAACUAGUGACACCAGAGAUGGGGAACCUGUAGUGCAACUCCCAUCAGCCCUGCCAGUGCUGGCAGUGAUAGGAGCUGUCUUGCACUGAUGGACCGUUUCAGAUGGCAUAAGGUUUUGAAAUCAUGUAUUUACACCUACACACCCAUUGCAAAAGAAACACAAAACUACACACAAACUUCUCAAAUGUGAUAAGUUGCUUCUGGUGGCAUGCAAUUUUCUUGCCCGAAAAUCAAUUUACCUAUUAAUUAUCCGAAACACUUUCUUCUUUAAAAGAACAAAAUAUUCCAAUUAACAGGCAAAAAUUAAUAAAGACUGAUUGCAAUCAAAACGUAUUUGCAACUUGUGACACUGUCCUUAAAAUGUGAAGUAAUCAUCUCUGCUUCCGCAGAUUUCAUCACACCAGAUUAUCAACCGCUGUUACAUCUUGAGAUUUAGGAGGAUAUAUUUGAGUUUUGGAGGAAGCAUGUGGAGUCAUACCCAGAC